AUGACGCAAUUUUUAUAUUUGCAAGAUAAAACUCAUGAGUGUCCAGGCAGAGCUGUAUGGAUGACUACAAAGGCUUUAAAUAUGGAUAUCGAGUCUGUUAGUGUUAAUUUGGAGAGAGGAGAAAAUAAAACACCCGAAUAUUUGAAGAUGAAUCCAUUUCAUACUGUGCCUAUGUAUAAUGAUAAUGAAUUUGUUCUUUGGGAAAGUCGUGCGAUUAUGAAAUAUCUUGCCAAUAAAUCUGGUGAAACCUCUUUAUAUCCAAAAGAUGCAAAAAAACGAGCUGUGAUUGAUAGCAGAUUAGAUUUUGAUCUAGGAAAAUUUUGGCCAGCAUUGAAAGAAUAUGCGUACCCUCAAGUCUUGCAGAAUAAACCCCCCAAUCCUGACAGAGAAACUGAUAUGAUUGAUGCUUUGGAUAAUUUAGAAUUACUAUUGAAUCAGAGCAAAUAUAUUGCAGGAGAUCAAAUGACACUAGCUGACAUUUCGUUGUUUUGUAAUGUUUCAUUUUUAUGGAUGUCAAAAUAUGAUUUUGCAAAAUACCCAAAAAUUCAUGCUUGGUAUGAAGGAAUGAUAAAAUUGCCCUAUUAUAAAGAAACGAAUCAAGAUUUUAAUGAUUGGAUACAUACUACCCAUUAAGGGGCAUUGAUAAUUUUGAAUUAAUAAACAAUUUAUUGAUUAUAUUUAUUUCACAAACCGCUUUAUUUUUCAUGAAUUUUUUUUUAAAAUUUGUCUUUUUUUAAAUUAUUUUUUAACUUAACUAUUAUUAAUCACAAUGA